AUGGACGUCGAGGAGUCGCCGUGGGCCGACUCGGGCAACAGCCAGCAGGCAUCGCAGAAUGACCGUCCGAGCCAGUCGAGCCCCGCGCCCGCCACCGGCGCGGCGCCACGGCCCUCGCGCGGCCCUCGUCGCCUCGUCGCGCAGCCGACUCGGUUGGAGGCAGUGGAAGACCCCCUCGGCCCGCUCAGCGGUGGCGGCGGCGACGACGACGCGCAGUCGCGCGAGGCCGCGCCUCCUCCGCCGCAGAAGGAGCAGAUGGUGAUCCGCACGACCAUGUCGUCCCCCCAGCAGCAGCGCCGCCCGGCGGAUCCGCACCACAUCGACGACGACGACAACGAGGGCCAGAGGGGCCCACGACCUCCGCCGCCCGUCGACGCCGCGCGCCCCAGUAGUAUCCGGAGCAGCACCCAGCCGAGCAUGUGUAUAAGAGACAGCCCCAGUAGUAUCCGGAGCAGCACCCAGCCGAGCGUGAGCAUCGAGCAGGCCUCCAAGCCGAGCUUCCACAUCACUGUCGGCGACCCGGUCAAGAUCGGCGACCUCACGAGCUCCCACAUCGUGUACUCGGUCCGGACGAAGACGACGUCUCGCGCGUACAAGCAGCCUGAGUUCGAGGUGAAGCGACGAUACCGCGACUUCUUGUGGCUCUACACGACGCUGCAUGGGAACAAUCCCGGCUACGUCGUGCCGCCGCCCCCCGAGAAGCAGGCCGUGGGCCGGUUUGACAGCAACUUUGUCGAGAGCCGACGGGCGGCGCUGGAAAAGAUGCUCAACAAAAUCGCCGCGCACCCCACCCUGCAGCACGACGCGGACUUGAAGCUCUUUCUCGAGAGCGAGGCGUUCAACGUGGACGUCAAACACAAGGAGCGGAGAGACCCGCUGCCCGUCGAGAGCAAGGGCGUGUUGGGCUCCCUCGGCAUCAAUGUCGGCGGCGGCAACAAGUUUGUCGAGCAGGACGACUGGUUCCACGAUCGCAAGGUGUACCUGGACGCGCUCGAGGGCCAGCUGCGCGGCCUCCUCAAGGCCAUGGAGACCAUGGUCGGCCAGCGCAAGAUGAUGGCCGAGGCCGCUUCCGACUUUUCCGCAUCCCUGCACGCUCUCUCCACCGUCGAGCUGUCGCCAUCGCUGUCCGGCCCGCUGGACGCGCUUUCCGACCUGCAGCUCACCAUCCGCGACGUCUACGACCGCCAGGCGCAGCAGGACGUGCUGACCUUUGGCAUCAUCAUCGAGGAGUACAUCCGCCUUAUCGGCUCCGUGAAGCAGGCUUUCACCCAGCGCCAAAAGGGCUUCUAUGCGUGGCACUCGGCCGAGUCGGAGCUGCAGAAGAAGAAGGCGACUCAGGACAAGCUGCUUCGUCAGGGCAAGAGCCAGCAGGACCGGCUGAACCAGAUGAACGCAGAGGUCGGCGAGGCCGAGCGCAAGGUUCACCAGGCGCGGCUGCUCUUCGAGGAGAUGGGUCGGUCCAUGCGCUCAGAGCUGGACCGCUUCGAGAAGGAAAAGGUGGAGGACUUCAAGAGCGGCGUUGAGACGUUCCUGGAGAGCGCCGUCGAGGCGCAGAAGGAGCUCAUUGAGAAGUGGGAGACGUUCUUGAUGCAGCUGGACGCCGAGGAUGAUGAGUCGGCGUUUUACCGACCCCCCGUGUACCAGGCUAAGCCCCCAGGCGACACGGCCAUCGACCGGGCACGGGCAAACAUGGAUGAUUCGGACUAG